AUGACUCCCAAUGUCAAGAGAUCAAGGCGGAACAUCAAGUACCAGGAGGGUUACUUCAAGAUCUGCCUAUUCAAGUGUUAUGGAGAACUAAAACCGGCGAGAGAUAGUCUUUACCAUUGGAGAUUGGGUCCAUACCAAGUCAUUGGGCGAGUUGGAGAAGUGCCUUAUCGCCUAGACCUACCGGCGGACAUGAAUCUACAUCCAGUGUUCCACGUAUCAAUGCUACGGAAGCAUAUACGUGACCCCAGCGCCAUUGAACCUGAACGGGUAGAAGGAUUGCAGUCAAACCUUACUUACCCGGAAAGGUCCAAUCAGACUUGGAGAUCAACGAGUUCAACACAGCUGCAUAGAACAAGGAGGAUCCGUGGAGAGAGAGAACAGCAAGGCGGAUCCGUGGAGAGAGAGAACAUCAAGGAGGAUCAGAGGAGAUCAGUGGAAGAGGAGUCUGCAAGGGGACAACGUGAAGACAUAGUAAGAGGAGGCAAGGCAUCUUCAAAGAUGGGGAGAGACACCGGAACAAUGUUACGUUCCUACUCUCUACAACUGGAAUUCGGGGACGAAUUCUAUUAA